CCGCGGAGCACCAGGAGGAGGAGGAAGAGGAAGAGCCGCGGCGGGCGCGGCGCUGCCCCCCCGGCAGCGGCUGAGCCGCAGCAGGUAGCAGCGGCGCGGCGCAGGGGGGCGGAUCUGCUUCCUGCGUCUCCCUUCGCUCCGGCGGGCGGAGCGGCGGCGGCGGGCGGCGCACGGGGCCAGGCCGGGCCCGCCCCGCCGCGCCCCGCGCACCUGCCCCCGCCGAGGCUGCUCGCUGCCGGCUCGGCGGCCGCGGGGCAAGAUGGCGCCGCUGUGCGGCCGCCUGCUGCGGGCGGUGGGGUGCGGCCGGAGGCUGCUGCCGCUGCUGCUCGGCGCCGUCCGCGGCUGCCACGGCGGCGCGGCGCCCCUCGCCCGGGCGCUGGCCGUCAAGAAGCGGGGCUACGACAUCACCAGGAACCCGCACCUCAACAAGGGAAUGGCUUUUACGCUUGAAGAGCGGCUGCAGCUGGGAAUUCACGGCCUACUUCCUCCUUGCUUCUUGAGCCAAGACGUCCAGGUUCUCCGUGUCAUGAAGAACUACGAGAACAAAUCUAAUGAUCUGGACAAGUACAUUGUCCUUAUGACAUUACAAGACAGGAAUGAGAAGCUUUUUUACCGAGUGCUGACCUCUGACAUUGAGAGAUUCAUGCCCAUCGUUUACACCCCAACAGUCGGCCUGGCUUGUCAGCAGUAUGGUUUGACUUUCAGGAGGCCACGGGGGUUGUUUAUCACCAUUCAUGACAAAGGACAUAUUGCGACAAUGCUAAACUCUUGGCCUGAAGAAAAUAUUAAGGCUAUCGUGGUGACAGAUGGAGAGAGGAUUCUCGGAUUAGGAGAUCUAGGAAGUUAUGGCAUGGGUAUCCCAGUGGGGAAGCUCGCUUUGUACACGGCUUGUGGUGGAGUUCACCCACAACAGUGUCUCCCUGUCCUGCUGGAUGUUGGCACAGACAAUGAGGCUCUCCUGAAUGAUCCACUCUAUAUUGGACUGAAACACAAGAGGGUUCGUGGGAAACAAUACGACGAACUGAUUGAUGAGUUUAUGCAGGCAGUUACCAACAAGUACGGCAUGAAUUGCCUAAUCCAGUUUGAAGAUUUUGCCAAUGCUAAUGCUUUUCGUCUCCUCAAUAAAUACCGCAACAAAUACUGUACAUUUAAUGAUGAUAUUCAGGGCACUGCGUCCGUUGCAGUAGCUGGCAUCUUUGCAGCCUUAAGGAUCACGAAGAACAAGCUCUCUGACCAUAAGUUUGUUUUCCAGGGAGCUGGAGAGGCUGCGAUGGGCAUAGCUCAUCUCAUCAUCAUGGCCAUGGAAAAGGAAGGAAUUUCACGAGAAGAUGCCAUCAGAAAAAUCUGGAUGGUGGACUCAAAGGGUCUGAUUGUCAAGGGGAGGAGCCACCUGAACCAUGAGAAAGAGAUGUUUGCCCAGGACCACCCCAGUGUGAACACGCUGGAGGAGGUUGUGCAGAAAGUGAAGCCUACAGCAAUUAUAGGUGUUGCAGCCAUUGCAGGUGCUUUCACUGAGAAGAUUUUAAAGGACAUGGCAGCAUUCAAUGAGCGGCCCAUCAUUUUUGCCCUGAGCAACCCCACAAGUAAAGCAGAGUGCACAGCGGAGCAGUGCUAUCGCGUCACCGAGGGCCGGGGAAUAUUUGCAAGCGGGAGUCCGUUCUCGAAGGUAACCCUGCCCAACGGACAGACCUUCUUCCCUGGCCAGGGAAACAAUGCCUACGUCUUCCCGGGAGUGGCGCUGGGAGUCAUUGCUUGCGGGGUCCGGCACAUCUCUGACGAUAUCUUCCUCACCACAGCAGAGUCUAUUGCAGCUGAGGUCACAGAGCAGAACCUGGCAGAAGGAAGACUAUAUCCCCCCUUGGAUAGUAUCAGAGAGGUGUCUUUCAAAAUCGCUGUGAAAGUUGUUGACUGGGCCUACAAGCAUGAUCUUGCUUCUUGGUACCCCGAGCCAGCAGACAAGGAAGCCUUUGUGAGACGACUCAUUUACAGUCCUGAUUACGAUUCGUUUGUCAUUGAUGAUUAUAAGUGGCCCGCCACAGCCAUGCAAACGCAAGAUGUAUAAGUUUUUGUGAGAACUGUUUUCUUUUUUUCCAUCAGUUCCCAUGGCUCAUAGCAUUGCUGACAUAAAUGCACCUCCAAGGUUGCAGAAUGAUAAAUGUAACUGAAUCCAAGUCCUUUUUUUACUUUCUGCUGCCUUUUCUCUGUCGGAGCACAUCAACAAGGAAUAAAACAGAGCCAACACUGGGCACUCAGUACUUUAAGGAGAGAGAGAGACUGUAACUGCAGCCUGGCACAGUCAGUCUGCACUGCAGGUUUUGCCAUCAUAUAAAGCGCUGUCGCCUCCACGAACAUUGUUGUCCCCUUCGCAGUCUCCCUCCUUCAUUUGAAAACAUGACCUCUAGGCUGUAGAGUAGCAGGCAGAGAGGGAGGCAGAGAGCCCUCACAAGUGACAGGAGUCCUCCAAAGAUGGGCACCUAGCUGAAAAUAUUCAUAGGGUUCAUUUUCUCAAAAAAAGAGGCUCAGUGACUUCUUAUCAAAACCAUGAGUCUAAUAUGGUCUUGUCGUAUUUUCUAGCCCUCCAGUCCCCAGCCAGUAACACUCAUAUAAGCCAGGAGUAGCUGCUGCUCCGGAAGCUACUGGCAUCUUACAGGACAUCCUCUCAAAAACCUGCCACGCUGAUAGUAGCCUCCCCACAGUUAUAGUUACUGCUGAGUUAUCUCUCCCCUCACACUUCCAGAGCUCUACGAAAAUCCUUCAAUAAGUAACAUGAACACAGCUGGAAUUCAAACAGAAACUUCUUUUAGAAAAACCCCUGGAGGUUGUGACAGCGAUCUGUAACUGUAAGGCUCGUUCUUGUAACUAUCACGCUCGAAUGACAGGCCCAGGAUAUGCGGGCAUAUUCCAACAGCCCUUCCUUACCUGGUACCAAUACGCCUUGAAUGUUCUCAGGGAAUAUCAGUAGGGUUUCCACUUGUAGGUUUUUUGGGGGAUUUUUUUUUCCCCACUGAUCAGAAAAACACUCCUCGAAGUAUUGCAAUCAUUAAAUGAAACUGGAAAAUUUAUUCUGCUCUUUAAAUGCAAGUUUUAAAUUGACAAGGCUCGGCUUACCAAAUCUGGCAGUUAUGGCAUGGGAUGAGCCUCUGGCUAUUGUCAAGCUAAUCGUUAAGGCACUGAAAGGGAACACAGAAGUUGGUCUCUUGUGAAGUGUUAAAAAAUAUUUGCCACCAAAACAGCCACAAACGUGUGCAGCUGCAGAGAGACAGGACACAAGAUAUUCUGAACCACACAGAUGCACAGAGCUGUGAUGAGAAGGGAGUGGAGGGGAAAGAUGGGCAGUGUGGGUGUAGCAACCAAGAGCUCGCCUUGCACCCCUGCUACACUGAACUGACAGCCCACAAAAAUGCUUCUUUGCCAGAGGCUUGAACCACACUGCUCAAAGCCUUUUGUUUCCUUUUCCAGUAACUAUUAGAAUUAAACCAACGUGCUACAUUUCCACAGUUUGAAUCCUAAUGGAGGGAGGUCCCCAGUUUGCUGAAAGACCCCAGUCCUGUCUGGGCUGGCUUGGAGGCCUGGCUGUCAGCCCAAGCUGUACAUGAAGCUGCAUGCUGGAUGCAAUGGGGGUGUCAGUCAAGCACUGCAAGUGGUUGUCCUUCAGGCCCAGGCUGCCACCUGAGCAGCCUUUGGGCUCCUCAUGGAUCCAUUCUGCAUAGAAGCCCCUGUGUGGUCCACAGACAGCUCCAAAGGGCAGUUCAGCCCAGCUCGAGAGGUGCCUGCUUAACCUCACUUCCUCACUCUCAGCUCAGCUGUCCUCAGCUGCCUCAAGAGAAGCCACCUGGGGCUGGCCCAGAAGCCAAGUGUCCCGUUCCCAGGGGAGUGCAUGUGCAGGGAGCUCAGAGCCCCACCUCUUCGGUGGCAGCGAUGUGCAUCUGACAAUCCCUUGCACACGCUUACCAUUCUUUGCCUAUGGACACUGUGAGAAGUGCAGUCCCAGGAGAGCUGGACACAUUGGAAGCCCUGCCUGUGGCCUGCUUGGCACGUCCCUCACAGUCAAGGAGUUACCAUCCCACCCCAAGCAACUUGACAGUGCUCACAAGCUGCCCCUUGAGCUCUGCUACUGAAGAAGGCCAGGGGAGAAGCCAACUCCUCCUGCCAACCUACACAGGCCUUCUGGACCCCUGCAGGCCUCAUCCACCCCUCUUCCCCUCUCCACAGCACAGGCACCACAGGGACCAGCUGAGCUCCAAGGUGGUGGCUCUUCCCUGCGCAGGCCCACAGCUCCCACUUCACAUGCACCAUCUGCAGCUGUGCUGCCUUGAGGCUUAGGAACGCUUCACGCAGCUUCUGGUCCAGCUGAAUGGUCUGAGCAUUUCAUUACCAAGCAUUCGUGUAAGGCGGUAGAGCCACUACCUGCCUGCACGAGCUGUUUUCAUACCGCAACAAUGGCCUUACACAGGGUAUACUUCAGCUGUAGAAGCCAAUAAAGCUUUGUUUUAUAAUUCA